UACUGCAACAAAUGACACAUAUGAAAAUAAUCCUGGUUUGCGAGAAUUCACAAGGAGCCAGAGGGGGUGUCUGGAAUGUGGAGGAACAAAUGGUGGCCGAUACAUAGUUUGAUGAAAAGUGGAGUGGUUGAGAGGCCUUUUGGUGAAUGGAAGAUUCCAUGAAAAGUGUAAGAAUGGUGGAGAUUUUAAAGAGCAGCUGUGGCAGAAGUAAAACUUCGAAAUGAUCAGUAUACACUGGACCACAUGCGUGCCUUCGACAUGUAUAAUUAUCUACACUGCGAUUCUUGGUACCAGGAUAAUGUCUACUAUGUUGAUCUUCUUGGAAGAAUUAUGAAUUUAUCUGUGACACUGGAUACUACCUUAGGAAAGCCACGCGAGGUAUUCAGACUUCCUGCAGACUUGAUGGCGUAUGAUAACCGUCUUUGUGCAUCCCUCCACUUCACAUCUUCGACCUGGGUUACCCUUUCCGAUGGAUCAGGGAGAUUGUACCUUAUUGAAACGGGCGAACGUGGAAGUGGUGCUUCUGAAAAGUGGGAGAUUAGGUUUAAUGAAGAACUCGGGGAGCCUUUUGUCAUAAUUCAUAGUGUUUCCUUUAUAAAAUCGGAAGUACCAUCAAUAGCUGCCCUGCUUCUUCGAAUAGAGAAGGAAGAAUUGGAUAUGAAAGGAAGUGGCUUCUAUGUUUCCUUGGAAUGGAUUACUAUCAGUAAGAUAAAUAAAGAUGAUCAAAAAUAUGAAAUCUUCAAGCGUAACAUUCUCCAUGGAAAAUCAGUGCCUCAUUAUGCAGCUAUUGAGCCUGGUGGAGAUGGCUUAAUGAUUGCUUCUUAUAAAUCCUUCAGAUUUAUUCAGGAUGAUAAGCAGCUUGAAGAAACUAAGGAUGAGACAAUGGAAGAUAAAACCAAAGAACCGAAAUAUCAUUGGCAGCAGACUGAAGAUGACUUGACAAUAAUAAUACCUCUUCCACACGAUACUUCUAAAGAGGACAUACUAGUACAAUUUUCCCCUGACCAUCUCAGUGUUUCUCUGAAGAACCAGCCAUCUUUGGUGGAAGGAAAACUCUAUUCUUCUAUUGACCACGAAAGCAGCACAUGGAUAAUUAAAGAGAACAACAGUUUGGAAGUUUCUUUAAUUAAGAAAGAUGAAGGACCCACGUGGCCAGAGCUAAUUAUCGGGGAUGAACAAGGGGAAUUCCUAAGGGAUUCAGCUCAGUGUGCCGCGAUCGCGGAACGUCUUAUGCACCUGACCUCCGAAGAAAUGAAUCCAAAUCCGGACAAAGAGAAGCCUCCUUGCAAUGCCCAAGAACUAGAAGAAUGUGAUGUGUUCCUUGAAGAUGGCUCAAGCUUAUGCAGAUUUGAUGGCAAUACCUUGAAAACUACUCACGUGGUGAAUCUUGGAAGCAACCAGUAUCUUUUUUCAGUCUCAGUCGAUCCCCAAGAAAUGCCCUGUUUCUGCUUGCGUCACGAUGUAGAUGCCCUUCUCUGGCAGCCGCGUUCCGGCCAGCAGGGUGACAUGUGGGAGCACAUUGCAACUUUCAAUGCUUUAGGUUAUGUCCAGGCGUCAAAGAGAGACAAGAAGUUUUUUGCUUGUGCUCCAAAUUAUUCCUUUGCUGCCCUUUGUGAGUGCCUACAUCGAGUGUUCAUUUAUUAUCAACCCACUCCUCUGUCCACCGUACUCUAUAACAGAAAAGAGAGGCGCCAAAUAGGACAGGUUGCUAAGCAGCAGGUAGCAAGCCUGGAAACCAACGAUCCUAUUUUGGGCUUCCAAGCUACAAAUGAGAGAUUAUUUGUCCUUACUACAAAAAACCUCUUUUUAAUAAAGAUAAAUACAGAACAUUAAUUACCUCACACGUUCACAUCUCUGUUAUUGCAAGUAGCCCGAAAAACAGCUGGAAAGUUAUCCCUGAAGCUCGCUGUUGAUUCUGCUGUCCAAAAUAAAAUGUUGUGCAUCAAAGUUGUAUUUUUCAAAUGAUGGUCACUAAAUUACAAAAUUUUGACUCCGUGAAGGCUGCUAAACUUCUAAGCUUGAUUGUCAAUUCUACAUUGCUGGAGAAAUUUAGUUUUAUGUAAAAAUGUAAGGAAAAUAUUAGUAAUUGUAAAAUAACAAAGUUUGAUCCUUUACAUAUGCAAGAUGCAUCAUUCAUUCAGUGUUCCUUAAAUAAAACUAUUUAUCAAGUUCUAUUAUGUUCAUUGGUACAGUUACUAUGAUCUUUGCAUUAUCGUAUGAUCAAUAGAAAAGAGAGGUUUUAUUACUUAAACAUCCAAAGACCCAAGAGCUUGUGUUUUUGUCAUAACACUUAAGAUCUGUUACCAGAUUUUAUACUUUGCAACUUUUCUGAAUUCCCUUUUAAUGUCUAAUGUAACUUUAAAAUAUCAUUUCAUCUGACUAUGCUCAGAAUUAUGUGCUUUUGAAUGCUACAUAUCAAUUUAGGUCAAAUAGCAUAAUUAUGUAUGCUAAGUGUUAAGCAUGCUAGAGCUUUUGUCAAUUUCACCACUUUUAGAAUUUAUUCACAAAAGAAAUGGAGUUUUUAAUUUUCAUUAGAUUAUUAUUUGGAGCAAAUGCAUAUUGAUAAGAUGCUUAAAAUUAUGUACAUGCGUACAUAGGUCAUGUUCUCAUAGCUUAACUUUUUCACAUGGGCUGUUGAGAAACACUUAAAUUGUUUGCAGUAGUUGAAAAAUGCCAGAAUGACUAGUCCUAAGAGAUGCUAUUUCCCUAUGACAGAUCAAUUAGUCAUAGCGUAAUCAUUCUGGGGAUUUACUUCUCUAAUCUCCAUCCCGCGUUAUGAUCCUUUUCCCACUAAUUUUAUAAAUAGGGUACAAUGCAAAGCAUAGAUCCACAGACCAUCAUAGCGAAUAUGAGUAGUUGUGUCCUAAGGUAUAUUUGAGCAGAUUGGUUUUCAAUAAGAGGCAUAUCAUUAAAAAGGGAUCAGCAUAACACCCCACUCUGUAUCCAAUUAAAUGUUGCGUUUACGUAUUCCCAGUUGGCAAUGAUCCUUCUAAUAUAUUUGUUUUUCUUGGGAGUGUGAUUUAUUUUCUGAUUGCAUUGCCUAAUUUAUACAGCUACAUCAGUAGCAUGAAAAGUAAUAUAUAAAUAUCAGUUUUCUAAAGAGCAAAUGGAUAUUGCACUGGAUGGAAGUAAUGCCUUCUCAGUGCCAAGUCUUGGAGCUGAUGAGCCUUCAGGGUCAAUAUUUACACAAUACUCCAAGAUUGCUAGUUUCCAACCUCAUUUUAGUCAGGCAGCGUGUCUAACAAUUCUGUUGUUAUGUUUUCUUCCAACUGCUUAGUAUAGUGCUCUGCACACAGUAAGCACAUAAAUCUAAUAUUUUGAAAGCACAAAGUUUGCCUUUUUAAUAAACUAACAAACAAGAUGAGGAAAAUAUGUGACAUUGAUGCUUCUAAUGGCAGUGAUUCUUCCUGGAAGAAACAUAGAACACUAUAGUAAAGAACAAACACAAUGAUCAUGUUACCUGUUUAAGCUCAUGGUGGUCAGGGAAAAUGUGCCAACUCUGUUGUAUUGCACAUACUCUCCCAUUCAUUAAGUACAGUGCUUUGCACACAGUAAGUGCUCAGUAAAUAUGGUUGAUUGACUAAUAAAUUGUAAUACAGUACAAGAUUAGGUAUUUUUAAUGUUUAGAGUAUUGAAGUAAAUGAAUAAAUAAUUUCUAGAAUCACAGAAAAUUACUCCUAGUAAUCUGAACUACAGGUUACAUUUUUUUCUCUUCAGUCCCAGAUUAAUCAAAAGGAAAAAAUAUGGAGCCCUUUUUUCAUAUUUUAGAAUCAAGCCUAAAAUUUUGCAGAAUUUGCCUAAAUGCAGAUAUUUUUUGAUAGACUUCUUUAUGAAUGCAUUCUAGAGCAGAAUAGUUUCAACUGGAAAACUGUGUCUUCUGGUGGUAUUCCACUAGGCUUUCAGAACCCAAGCUCUCCAUAUAGCCCCAAAAGGAAAAAGUAUUUGUUUUUGUUUGACAUCAGCUGUUUUGUAGCAGCGUAUGCUCUUGGAACUAAUCUAAAAUAGAUUAACCUAAAAUUCAUCCUAGUAUUUUCGCUUUGAUUUGCCUGUUUUCAAAUAUACACUGUAGUUCCCUAAAAUUGGCCCUCUGGUGAAGUUGAUAUGGUGUUACAUUCAGUUUUUUUUUUGGUAAGCCCACAGUCUCUGGUGCACAUACAUCACAUCUAGGAAUGUAUCAGUUAUAUUGUUGUGUUGUACUCUCCCAAGCGCCUAGUUUAGUGCCCUGUACACAGUAAGCACUCAAUAAGUACAACUGACUGACUGACUGAUCUAUUAUUGGAACUACCAGACCUCAUGGGUAUUCAUUGUUUGCCCUUUUGGCUCCAUCUUUCUUGCUCAGCCCACUCCUGACAACAACCCUACUGCUCUUUGAAAUCUCUCCCUAGGCCAUAUGAAAAUCACGUGGGUUUUUCUUAAACUAGAAUUCAUGUUUCUAGAGUGACACUAGUUUCAGUGGAUCUCGACUAUGGGUUUCUUUACCAAGUUUGGAUCUAAAACCCACCAUCUCGUUUAGGGGUGCCGGGACUUUGCGCCAAUGUACUAAUUAUGAUUUAACUGCUUUUACAGUCCUUCAUUUGGCCAUUUCUAAAAAUCAGUAGUUUGAAUGCAGCUGCUGCAAUGUGCUUAUUUUGAAUUGUUUUUGUACUCCGCCUUCAUGUGUAUCUGGACUGUACAAGUGGACGUGUACAAAUUAAAAGCCAAUAAAUGUUUAAAAUUGACUUGAA